UUUUCAUUUCCAGAAGUCAGAAAAAUGAGGACAGCACUAAUCUUUGUCUGCCUCCUGGGAGUAGCUUGUGCCUUCUCAGUAAAAAACUUCAGAAGAAGAUUUAAGGCAGCAGAUUCAGAAGAAAAUGCGGUAUUCAAAAACAGAUUUAGAAAUUUCCUUUUUAGAUAUCCCUACUUCUACCCACCCAUGAAAAGAUUUCAGUCCAACAGUGACUCAUCUGAAGAAGGCUUUGGUGGUGAUAGUUCAGAAGAGGAGGAGGAAGAGCAAGAAGGGUCCAAUGAAGGAGAAAAUGGAGGUGGAAAAGAGAGUGAAACUGAAGAAGUCACUACAGAUGCUCCCACGGGCAAAGGUGCUGGAGGCAAGAAUGGUGUUGCUAAUGGCAAACCUCCUAAGCAGGUGCCAGUAAAAAAAGAGCCUGUUGAGAAACCUGGGAAAGGAGGUGAAAAGGACAAAGCUCCAGAAAAGGGUGGAAAGGAAGAGGAAGAUAGUGAUGAAAAUGAGGAAGAAGAGGAGGAGGAGGAGGAGGAGAAAGAGGAAGAGAAAGUGGAUGAGAACGGGAGCGGCUUCAAUGGCACGAGCACAAACAGUACUGCAGAAGAGAAUGGGAAUGGGGGCAACGGAGAGGAGGAAGAGGAAGGCAAUGAGGAAAACGGAGCCACCACCGCUGCUCCAACUACCCUGGUCACCACUGCUAUCCCUACUGCAGUGUAUCAGGAGCAAUAUGAAACCACCACGGAAGAACAGUGGCCCUAUGAGAGCACCCCUGGAAAUGAGGAGCAAUAUGACACUGCCACCGAAGAUCCAUGGGCUUAUGAUACAACCACCACCACUGGGUACGAAAAUGGAUACGAGACUCAAACAGAUUACCGUGGCCAUGAGAAUGGGUAUCCCCGAGGGGACACUUUCAGAACAUAUGAGGACGAGUAUAGCUACUACAAAGGUCACGGGUAUGAUGUCUAUGGCCAAGAUUACUACUACAGUCAAUGAAAAAUACAAGCCAUUUCUUGUGGUGCCUAAUGAUAAUAUUUUGCAUGGCAAUUGUUCACGAAUGUCUACUCAGGAAGAUGUAUCACAAUAUAACAUGGUGCCUGCUAAGCAAGAGAGAAGAUUAAUAUCUGGCAUUAUUGCUGACCAUGAAAAUGUGCUCUUUUUGUAUGUUUUUAAAUGUGUGCUUUUGACCAGUAUUCUGUAUCUGUUGUGGACUUUUGUAGGGUUUGUAAGGUUUAAAAAAAAUCAUGGUGUCAAAGAAUAUUGUUUCAAAUGGAAUUAUUAUCAAACAGAAGAUUAUUGUAUACUGUAUAUGCUCUGCCCUUGUUUUUGUAUUAAAGCUAAGAUGAUGAGUUUUGAAACAGUGUACAGAGGAUUUCCUAAGCAAGAAUAAAGGAGGUUUAAACUGCUA